UCCAAGCCAGGGCUUCAUGUAUGCUAAGCAAGCACUCUGUCACUAAGCCACAUUCCCAGCCCUGAGUGAGCGUUUCUUAAAGGUAGGAACUUCAUCUUGUCUUUUGUCAAAAUACUCAGUAAUGGUUCCUGAUAUAAAAUAUGUGCUUUCUAAAAGCUCAAUAACUGCCUAACAGAUGGUGUUGCCCAAUUAUGCUCACACCCUUCUGUGGUUAUCUAGAAAACCUAUAGGAAGGAACAUGGUAGAAAAGCAAAGAACCUUCAUAGCAAUGCAAAACACAGGCUAGAAGAAGCUGAAAUGCUCCUCUCUGUGGUUAAAUUGAAACACUAAGAAAAGUAGCCAUGGAGAACCCUGAAAAUUCAGUGGAUUCAAAAUCCAUUAAGACUUUUGAAACAAAGAUCAUCCAAGGCAGCAAAUCAAUGGACUCUGGGAUAUCCUUGGACAGUAGUUACAAAAUGGAUUAUCCUGAAAUGGGUGUAUGUAUAAUAAUUAAUAAUAAGAACUUUCAUAAAAGCACUGGAAUGUCAUCUCGGUUUGGUACGGAUGUAGAUGCAGCAACCCUCAGAGAAACAUUCCUGAGCUUAAAAUAUGAAGUCAGGAAUAAAAAUGACCUUACAUGUGAAGAAAUCAAAGAAUUACUGCACAAUGUUUCUAAAGAAGAUCAUAGCAAAAGGAGCAGCUUUAUUUGUGUAAUUCUGAGCCACGGUGAAGAAGGAAUAAUUUUUGGAACAAAUGGACCUAUUGACCUGAAAAUAUUAACAAGUUUCUUUCGAGGAGAUUAUUGCAGAAGCUUAACUGGGAAACCUAAGCUCUUCAUCAUUCAGGCCUGCCGGGGUACAGAACUAGACUAUGGCAUUGAGACAGACAGUGGUAUUGAUGAUGACAUGGCAUGCCAGAAAAUACCAGUAGAGGCUGACUUCCUGUACGCCUAUUCCACAGCACCUGGUUACUAUUCCUGGCGAAAUUCCAAGGAUGGAUCCUGGUUCAUCCAGUCCCUUUGUACUAUGCUGAAACUCUACGCCAACAAGCUUGAGCUGAUGCACAUUCUUACCCGAGUUAACCGGAAGGUAGCAACAGAAUUUGAGUCCUUUUCCCUGGAUCCCACUUUUCAUGCAAAGAAACAGAUUCCAUGUAUUGUGUCCAUGCUUACAAAAGACUUGUAUUUUUAUCACUGAAGAGAUGCUGGUUCUUUUUUUUUUUUUCUUUUUUAGUUUCUAUGCCAAAUGAGAAGACGGUAGAUAAUACUUGACUUCCCUCCCAUUUAAAUCUUAUAUGAUGCUCCAGAUGAUAUUUGUACCGUGCCACUUCCCAGAACCAGAGUCACACUACCUCAAACUCGGUCACAGGUAGUUGAAACUGAAUAUGAACAGGAACAAAUAAAUACAGAGCAUGGUACCAUUAUUAUGAAAGGCAACAAUUAUAAACUUAUAUCUUUUAUAGUUAGCAAGACUUGAGGGUCCUAUGCUAUGAAUUGUCAAGUAAUUAUGAGGAAGUUAAACACCGCAGUAAUGAAUUGAUCCUCUCUCCCUACAUUACUACUGUGCAGUCCUAGCUUUUUGUCAAACUGUAGAUAAGGAGAUGUGGAAUCGUGGGUCUCAGCACUCUGAGAUCCAUAGACUCUUCAAGUUUCCUUUUCAAACUCAUUUAUGGAAAUGAAUUGACUUCAUUUUUAGACUGUAUUAUCAUAGCUCAUGGUUUUGUGAUGUUUGUCCUGAGCAUGUUGUUGUAAAAAA